CCCCCAAUUGAUGGCCUCGUACUGUGAGUCGCACACGUCCUCGAUCAUACGUGCUUUCGCACGUCCUGUGGCAUUGGCAGCACGGAGGGGCAGUUUGGGGUAUUUAUCCUCGAUGUACUCGAGGAUGAUGGUUGAGUCGAAGAUCUUCAGGUCACCGUCGACCAACGUGGGAACUUCAAGCCGAUGGUUAUCUUGGACGAACUUCGGAUCGAGAAUUGUUAGGUUACCGCUGCCCCCUCCCUUCGGUGUCUCAUGCUCGAAUGGGAUGUUCUUCUCACGCAGGGCGAGACGAAUCUUCUGGGAAAAGGGGCUCACAGGGUGGUCCCAGAGGAAGAGUUCUGCCAUCUUUAUUUCCGGAGUGGUAACGUUUUGCGUAUGAUUCAGGUGAUUGUUCGUGCCUUUGAAAACUGGCAUACCAGGCUUUCUCGGAGAGUUAGAAGUUGGCUGAUACAGGCCAUCAUAGUAUGAGGGCAAGAGCAGACGAGAAAUCCUGCGCGGUCUGCGGCGUCGAGAGUCUCGCCCGGCAUAUCAUGAUUUACUCUAGAGACACGGAAAAGUGAUCGACAUGGCGAAUUUCCCGCCCCUUUCACCUCUUCGGGAUUUCUGAAGCUGGAGGUUCUGUUUCGGCGUCUCGACACUCGGCAGCUUUGCUGCCAGUUCGGCACAGGCCAAGUCGUUACUUAUAAACAACGCAGCCGAGCCCUGUACUUGUGUUUGGAACUGAGUUAUUUCAGAUCUCAAAUCUGCCCUGGUUCGACUUCUAACUCACCGUGAACUUUGGCAACAAGCAGAGUCAACUUCAGUUUUUUCACUUUACGCCUUAUUAGCUUCGGACACUCUGCCUUUGUUAUAUUCAUCGCCACAGCAAGGCAAGAUGGGCAGCAUUGCAAUCGACACCAACCCAAAGUCACCAUUUCCCGAUCCGACCGUCAUAGUUACCUCACACAAUUCCGCAGGCAAAGCCUUCAUUCGAAGCUCGACGGUCGAGGAAUCUAAACCAUACAGCGGGAUGAGAGUAAGCCACAGUCUUCUCUACACGACUUCAGAAUUUCCACCCGACCUCAACAGCGAAAAGGACAUCAAAUUGCACGAAGAAAUAAAGGCUGCCGGCAAAUUGAACAUUGUCAACCCGAACGGCACUGUCAUCCGCCUUGUCAAUUUCGCGCCCCACAACAAGUCCAUGAUGCACCGCACACAGAGUCUGGAUUAUGGUGUUGUGAUGGAAGGAGAGAUAAUCAUGGAGUUGGACGAUGGGAGUAAGACGCUCAUGCGCAAGGGCGAUAUUGCUGUCCAGCGUGCCACGAUGCAUACGUGGAAGAAUGCCAGUGAAACUGAGUGGGCUAGGAUGCUGUUUGUCCUGCAGGACUGCAAGCCGCUUUUAGUCGGUGGUCAACGGCUCCAAGAAGACCUGGGUCAUGUUGGAUAUACCAUCUUCCCAAGCAGCCGCAACGACGACUAGAUCUAUGAACCGGUACCUGUGAAGACAGAAAUCAUCAGUGCAAGACUUGACAUGGCCAGCCCAUUUGUGGAGGCGGUAGAUUCCUCUUAUGUGAUGCUUAGAUGUUUGCGGAUAUUGAUACUCUUGGCCUCUGUCGUGGAGGAAGGCGCUGAUGAGGGUUUGGCACUGUUUCCCGGAGAGAGCUGUGGUCACAGACCUCUGGAUUUAUUUUUCAUCACCAACUCAGCAUCGCUUCUUCGAGGCAUCAUCCCACUGUUCCCCUUCGUUGAUUUAUGGCUUCCAGACUUAGCCAAGUCUAGAUGUGCCCGCUCGGAAUUUUCGGUGACAGCCGCUUGAACUUCGAGAUGCUUACUGUGCCAAAGAGACGGGAUACUGAGCUCAGCACGGCAAACCCGGACUUCCAAAUCUCACCCUCGAAGCUCGAAAGGAUUACGCGUUACAAUCCACGCUUCUGGUUUUCCGUGUCUCCACCUUCUUGGGGAAUGUCAGAUGGAGAUACGAUCGUGG